AUGGCGGCUGAACCACCACCAGCAAAACUUGAUUACAAAUCGCGUCGUUUGGUGGGUCAGAUUGUUGAAUAUGUGAAGUCACAAGGCAUUUUCGAUCAAUUCAGACGUGACUGUAUUGAAGAGCUUGAACAAAAGGUUAGUUUAAUAUUUAGCUGAAGUCAGUAAUUCUAAUAUCACAUUCAAUGAUCUGCAACCUUCCAUUUAAGUUUAAGCUUAUUUCUCUUUCGCAAUUCUUUGUGUGACAACUCUUGUUGAAGAGGAGAUAAAGGCUCAAGCAAUUCCAAACAUGCCUAUUCCCGAAGAAUUUUUCGGUGUAACUCAUGUAUCAAAAUGUGAGUUUCCACGCUGUGGCAUUUGCCACCAAAGGUUUUUCCAGAUGUGGGGCCGUUUGUCAGUGUUUUUUCUAUCUUUUUGGCGUACAUUUCCCUUUGAUUUUUGAUUUUUGCAAAUUUCUUGUUCUUCCAGAAUAUCACUGUACACCCCAAUACAGACUACCACCUAAUUUUUCUUUAAAAUGUCACAGCUUAAUCAAACACAAUGGGCAUGAAAAUAAAGUAAAUAAUGCCUAUAAUCAGUCAAGAAAACAUUGUUAGACAGCCAGUUUAAAACACAGACUACAGACUGUGAAAAGAUUGGGUAUAAAAUAUCAACUGGGUAUAAGAGAUGCUUCAGAAAUGACCAACUUGAUAUAAAAUGGUAGGGACUGUUUUAUACACAGCUCUAGGAAGGUUAACAUGUAAUAAACGCAUUGUUUAUUAGCGUAAAAGAGUAGUUCUAGCCUUCCACAUUAAUAUUCCUUUGACUUUUUACACAUUCUUGUCUCCCCAAUGUACGUGGGGACGGCAAGCAUUAUGAAGCCUUAAAAUUGUAUAGGUGAAGAAGCUCAUGACAUUACUCGAUGUUACUGAAAAUGAAACUGAAUUUGAUUUUUUUAAAAAAGAGUUGGAGGACAAUCCAGUUUACAGUUUAGCUUUAAACCAAUGAAAGAUACAUUUAUAAAUCUGAAAAGCAUCGAAUCAAGAAAUAAAACCAACUGACAAUGGUGUUAUCCCGUUAAAUACUCCUUUUUGGGCUCUAAAUAUCAACUCUGUAAUAAGUCAUAGACCUACAUUGGCCACAACUCUAUUUCAAUACCUACAAUCCUGGACAAAACGUUUGGGACAGUUAGUCAUUUACACAUGAUCUGUGCAUUCUCCAAACAUCCCCCUUCCCCCCUGGACAGUGUUGGGUGUUACUGGCCAAAAACGUUUGAUUGUUAAUUGACGAUCACUCACCCAUUUCCUACCAAAAAGAGGAGGGGGUAAGAGAAGUGUCCCAGACCCUUUUGGCCAGGAUUGUAGGGUAUGAGCAAACAAAGAACCCAUGUGAGAAGGUCAAUAGAUUGGCACUUAUGCAAACAAUGCAAACAAUGCUGUCUUUAUCUUUAUCUUUAUUGAAACCAUGUGUUGUGCUAUUAAGUGAUCUUUUGAUCAUAUUUUUACCUUAAGUAGCCCAGUUUUUUAAACAUAUUCUGAAUUCCGCAUUUUAUAUCCAGUCCAUGUUUUAUACCCAGUCCACAGUCUGUGCUUUAUACUGACUGCAUGGUGAAUGUAAAAAAUAAUGCCCUCGUCAUUCUGAAUGCCUGGCUUUAAUGAUUCUUCCUUGCUGUAAACAGGAAUCUUAUCGGCAGUUGACACAGAGAGUAGAAAGUCAUGUAGCAACAUUCUUAUCUAAGCAGACAUGGUCAGAUGCCCUUCCUAAAAACCAAGUCAGAGACAGCUUGCGAAAACACAUUAACCAGUAAGUUACGUUCAUGAAGAGUGUAGUAGGUUGUUGCCUAUGUUAUUAACCCUUGGACAUACCGUAGUUAUUCGGUUAUAAGGCGCACGGUUUUUUCAAGAAAAAUCUGUCUUUGGGUGGCAAGUUAGUGCUAAAAUUGGGGUGCGUCUUAUAGCCAAGUAUUUUCACGUAACAAAAUCUUAAGAUCACAAUUUGAGAAGAACUUUUUGGUCUGCGGUGUAGCGAAGAUUGCGUCUAAUCUACAUGCAAAGUCAUACCCACACCAUGGUACAAAAGGGGGGGGGUGAUGGGACCCCUCCCUAGAGUUUCUGAUGUGUUGCAGUAUUUCAGAAAGAAUUUUACCUUCAGUGGAAAGCCUUUGAUCUUCUCUGCAAGAUGAGGUAAAUGUAUAUUUUAUGGGUGGUGGUGCUGCUGGAGACCUGUAACAUCACCAAACAUGGUCGCCAUCUUGGCCACCAUCUUGGAUUUUACCAAGAACUAGAAAACAGGUAAACAAGGUGAAAAUUGGUAUUUUUUUGUGCUUGACAUGUAAAAUAACACAUAAAUAAGUACUUGCUUCAUUAUUUUUAUCCACAAGAUUUUCUUUUAUAGUUGAAAGAAGUUGGAAAAACAUGCAUUUUCACUCAAAAAUGGCUUGACCACCUGGUGCUUGUGACAUCAUAUCUCAUAACCAUAGUAACUGAUCAAUACUAAACUUGUUUCAAAAUACACCUGGGGGAUAAACAAACAGGUACUGAAGACGUCAGGUGCUAAUGUUUAACAGUCUAGGGAAAAACUCAGAAAAACCUCACAGGGAGUGUGUGUGUGUGUGUGUGGGGGGGGGGGGGGGGGCAUCCACCCUUCCCCCCUGCUUGUACAUCCAAUCGUUAAGUAUUAGUAUGCAGGUGCUUUGAAUAUUCAGGGUGGAGAUUAUAUCAUGCUAUUUGCUGGUUAAUGUUAUCUGAAUUAAAAAAAUUGAGAAAAACACUCUGAUAACAUAACAUACAUAACAUAAAACUUUAUUUAAACUCGAAUUUUAGAGUAGCUAACAAGCUAAUAUCUUCGAGCCGACACUACAUAAAAACUAUAUAGAAAAUAUAUGUAUACAUUAAAUGCAAGGAAAGAAAAUAUCAUUUACAAUUCACAAUUUUAAGUUUAAGUAUGUCAGGCAAAAAGAAUCUACAUGAAGGUGACAUCCUGUAUUUUAGUCUUAAAGUCUGCGAAAAAACUGGUACGAAAUCCAUGUGUGCAAUAGUAAAUGGCUGACAAUUUUUGUUCAGAAAUUACGAGAGUUGUUCUGCUAAAGAUGAGCAUGGGUAAGAAACUUAGGCCGGGUGUCUUUUGUAGAGUCCACUCACUUUUUUCUUUUAAUAUAGAUCAGAGGUCUUGGACAGAGGUGUAAAACAGCUUAUUUCGCAAGCUCUUGAAAGUAAGUCCAAGGCUUUCCAGACUCGCAUAGAAGGGGUGGUGCAGAACUACAUUUACAUGCAGAAACACCCUCAGAACCAAGACAAACAGAAUCGCAAACGUAAGAUGGGGCAUGACAAAGAAGAGAAUAAGCCAUCAGUGUCUGAGGUUAUUUGCGACAUCAGUCAGCUCAUUCCUGUGCCAUCUACAACAGGUAUAUCUAAAGUCACAAAUUAGUGGGUUGUAAACAGUUUUUCUUGUAAGAAGCAUUUUAAAAAUUGAUAACAAGCAAGGUUCCUUUAGAAAGUGCAAUAAAUUGUAUGCAAUUGCUUAAUCUUCUGCCAUUUCAAUCUGCAAGAUGUUUUUGAGACUUUCAUAUAGUUAUCCCAAAGGCUUACCUCUUACAAGCUUGGGCAACAGGCUCUUUUUUGCUGAUUCACAUAUUAAGCUCACCCAGGGGGAUUUACAAUAAUUUCAAGAAGGCUGGGUCAAACUGCUCAUGCUUGAGUAACAAUGCAUGUUGGUAAUGUGUUUGUUACAAUCACAUGGCUGCAUGUCAGUAUUCCAGGGAUAUUUUCCCUCACCCUGUGGCCCCUUGUAAACUCAAUAAGUGUUUGACAGGUUUUGGGCGAAUUUGUAGGAUUGGCGGACACUUACUAUGAGUGAAAUUACUAGAAAUGUCAGAUAACCAACAACCAACAAGAAACUUUAUUUAUUUAAUUCUAUUGUGAAAGUUAUUAUUGUGUUAUUUUAUUAAGGUUCAAGGAAUGAAAGUCAUGGAGUCGAAAAAGGAAAAUUGGGUGUUCAAGAAAGUUGUAAGAGUGCAGCAACUGUGAAAGGAAUUCAGCAAGUGAAGAAAUCCCACCUAACACAAGGAAAAGCAAGUAGUCCAGGAAGCCCUUCAUGUAGAAAGGAACAAACAGAAGAGAGUAGCAGAACUAAAGAAGGAAAAAACAGGAUAUCAAGAGUAAAAAUGGAAAGUCUGAGUCGGGAUGAUCACAGUCAUAUUCCUGCAAAAUCUGAAGAAAGUGCGCACAAACUAAAAGAAGACAAACCAAAGAUAUCUCGAGUGAGACCAGACAAUUUCAAUCCAAACGAAAGUGUUUCUUCUCCUUCAGCAGUCGUCAGCGAUAGUUCGAAUUUCCUAGAAGUAAAGACCAACACAUUGACAGAGGAGAUUCAAAGCUUGACCCCAAGCCAGCUCUGCCAAACUGGUGAGGAAGGUGACGUCACUGGACUCCUGCAAGUGAAAAGUGAAAAGACAAAUGACAGUGAAAGGUCUGUCUUGUCUUCCUUGGAGGGUAAGGUGCAAGUUAAGUCGGAAGAAAGCGGGACAACUGGAAUUAAAACUGAGGUUGAAAGCAGCGAGCUUGCUAUUCUCCAUGGCCAGGAAAAGAUUGUUGAUGGCGAUGAAAAUGAAGGUCGGGUAAAAGUGAUGGAUGAUGAAAUUUCCAGACCUGAAGCCGGAAUUCAAAGAAGCGAUUACUGUGCUGCGACCCUAAUAGUUGAAGAAACUGAGGACCGAAGAAUUCCUGAGAAGAACACAGACGCAGCUAUUGUGGAUGAGAAGAAAACGAAAGAAUCAGAUGGAGAGGAUAAGUUGGAAAGUUCAAAAAAAUCGACUGAUCUCGUCAAUGAAAUGGAGUUAACUAGGGAAAACAAACUUGAAGACAUAAAAGAUCUGGAAACGGAAAGCGAGAUCACAAACAUAAAUGUUUUAACUUCUGACGUGAGCAAAGAAAGGACUGUUGACCUGCCAGCUACCAGAGAUGUUGACGAAUCGGAGGAGAAGCUUUUGUCAAGCGAGAAAGCAGGAGCUACAGAUAUGGCUAGUGUAAAUGAAAAAUCAUUCCAGGAGCAGUCACUUUCCGAUGAAAGAGGUCUUUUGUCUUUGCAGAAAAACGACAUAGUUAGAAGUGAAGUGGGUUCCAAUAAGGUGGAGUUACAAUCCAUGGAAAGAGACCAUGACCAUGCUGGUCACACUUCUUCAUCCGAUGAACAUUCUGACGUAGAGUCAGACCUCUCUGAAGUAUCAUCGGUUCAUACAAGCGAUUUGUCAUCAUUUGACGAUGAGAUCAGUUCUUCAAGCGUGUCUAGUGAUGAGCAAAAUGAGGAAGCAGGCAAAACAGAAGCAAAUGAGGAACCAAAGAGCGAGGUUCAAGAUAAAUCCAAUACGCAGUCGCAAACUGAGAAUGCUUCUGACGCGGCACCUAUGCGACGUUCCACAAGGAUCAGCUCGAGAAGAAGCACAAAGGAAGGUGAGAGUGAACAGUCAGGCGGAGAAGGUGGUAAAGCGACCAAAGCAGAGUACCAGCGCCAACGAAGGCACGGUGAGAAAAGACAAAGAAAGACUCAUUCCAAGACAAGCAAAGAGCGUAGUGAUUAUUCUACCGUGAAGCGCAGGAGAGGACGACCUCGUAAAGAAGAGGCGCACACGUCAAGUCAUUCGACCAAUCAGAGAAGGCGUUCUAGAAUACGUGAUCCAGACGACAGCAGCUCGGCAGCAGGAAGGGGGUGCUCAGUAGCCGAGGACAGAAGCAAGCGAUCGCAAAGACAAAUUAAAAGAACUCGUUGUUACUCUCCGAGUAGUGAGGGUACAAGAGAAGUAUUUCUCCCUCGUAAACGGAGCCGCGAUGGCAACAGUUAGACUCUCCUAUGUAUCAUCAUGUUUAAAACAGGCUACUUGCCUUAUCCUGGGUCAGAAUCUGUAUAGUUUGUUAUCAACACUGCUUAUUUACAACUUCGAAUAACCCUUCGGUUUGGUAUAAUAGGGAGCUUGAGCACCUACGACGACGAAGACAACGUCAUAAGACAAUUGGUUUUAUGAGCAAAACAACACAUCUGUACGUGCAUCGUGCUUUUUGGUUCAUUUCUUUGACGUCCUCUUCGGCGUGAAACCUCUUAAUGCGACGUUUACGGAGGACGUGAACAUACGAAGACGAUAUUUCCUUUCUCUUUUUGAACCUGGAUAAAGUCCCUACGAAUUAAACCCCAGGAAAAGUCGCCUACUGUCAUUUGACAAAUUAAGCAGGUCAAAUAGACGGUUUACGGUCAUCUCGCCACCACCAAGAAGUCUAAUCGCCACCAAGUAAUAACUAUGUAACAAUCGACGUUGUAACUUAUCUAGGAUUUCUUACCCAGG